AGUUCAAAGUGCGCAUGCGUAAAGUUGCUCCACAUGAUCCACGUUUCUUCGGCUGUCAACAACAGAUACAUGCCGGACUCUAACCACCAUGUCUGGAAGGCUGAGCUUCAGAAACAUCACUGCCCUGGCCCCAAUGGUCCGAGUGGGGACUCUGCCCAUGAGGCUGCUGGCUCUGGACUAUGGAGCUGAUGUGGUCUACUGUGAGGAGCUGAUUGACAUUAAAAUGGUCCAAUGUCAGAGAGUGGUUAAUGAGCUGCUGGACACAGUCGAUUUUGUUGCUCCUGACGACAGAGUGAUGUUCAGGACAUGUGAGAGAGAGAAGGACAGAGUCGUCUUUCAAAUGGGCACAGCUGACCCAGACAGAGCCUUGACUGUGGCAAAGCUUGUUGAACACGACGUGGCUGCAAUUGAUGUAAAUAUGGGCUGUCCCAAAGAGUACUCCACAAAGGGCGGAAUGGGAGCGGCCCUUCUCUCAGAUCCAGAUAAAAUUGAAUCAAUUCUCAGAAAAUUGGUUGGAGGAGUAAAUAAACCGGUCACAUGUAAAAUUCGCAUCCUGCCCUCGCUGGAAGAUACAAUUAGUCUAGUUAAACGUAUUGAGAAGACUGGUGUAGCAGCUAUUGGUGUACAUGGCAGAUUCAAAGAGGAGCGUCCCAGGCACCCAGUUCACUGUGAUUACAUUCAGGCAGUAGCUAAGGCUGUUUCUGUUCCUGUCAUUGCCAAUGGUGGCUCUCUGGACCUGGUGAAGACUUAUGCAGAUAUAGAGGAGUUUAGAAAAGCUUCGGGGGCAUCGUCCGUGAUGUUGGCUCGAGCUGCCAUGUGGAACCCCUCAGUGUUCAGCCCCAAAGGCCUGUUACCAGUGGAGACGGUCAUGGAGGAGUACCUCAAAUAUGCCAUCAGAUAUGACAACCACGCCUUCAACACAAAGUACUGUCUGUGUCAGAUGCUUCGGGACAAAGUAGAGACUCCCCAGGGAAAACUAGUCCAAGCGGCCCAGACUAACGCGGAGUUCAGUGUGGCGUAUGAACUACAGGAGUACUUCCAGAAAGUGCAGGAGGAGCAGCAGGCCAAACGGAACGCCCUUCAGAGUCACUGCCUCCAGGACCGGCCCAUAAUGGAUGGAGAUGUGCUCACCAUGGCGGUCAAGUUUGAGAGGAGAGAGUAUCCACCCCAAAUUACGCCAAAGAUGUUCCUUCUAGAGUGGAGCCGCAAAGAGAAAUUGGAACAACCCUCUUACGAGACGGUUCAGCGGACUCAGGACAGAGCAUUUCAGUCAACAGUGACUGUAGCAGAGAAGAAAUACAGAUCUUCAUUAUGGGAGAAGUCAAAGAAGUUUGCAGAACAAGCUGCUGCUAUAGUUUGCCUGAGAGUGUUGGGGAUACCAGAGGGACGAAUUGGAGAAGAGGACUCUGGUCUCGUUUGUAAAAGGAAGAGGGAGAUGAAAGGAAUUAAUGGUUCUGAUGAAGAGGGCAGCAAAAAGCGCCAUCUAGUGGAUGGUCAGGAAGAAAUUAAAACUACAAAGACAGAGUCUGUCACAAAUGGGGACUGUCACACACAAAAUUCAGAGCAGACCAAGAGUUAGGACUAGGAGGCUGCCAGGGACUGCACUGAACAGGACUUUUAAGUAUAGACUUAUGUCAAUUAUUUUAAUUUUUAGUUUCUGUGAUUAUUUGGACUUAAUUUUAAUGAAAUUGGCACUUAUGAAUGAUUGUCUUGGUUGGUGAUAACAACUAAUUAUUUUGCCAAUUGCAGUGGUGUAAAUUUAGAAACGGAUCAAACAUAAUUUUUUGUAUUCAACUGAAAAACUUUUAUAAUUUAUAGGGAAAGUGCCUGGGGAAACCCAUUUAGUAAUGAAUGGGUUGCAAAAUAUUUGAAAUGAUUCAUUGAACUUUGAAAAUAUGGGUAAUACAUUUCUGAAAACCAGCCAAAAUGCCUUAUGCUUUACUUUAUUUAUAUUAUGUUAAACUGGAAUACAUCUGUUUGUCCCAUUCAUUGAUGAAGAUAAUUUAUUUUUCUUAUAAGCAUUUCAGUACAUAUCUCAAGAUACUGGGAUGGUUUGUUUUAAUAUGGUUACAACUUCAUGUUUUCGGCUUAUUUAAGCAUUUAUGGGAAGCUGUAAAAAUUACAUCCAAGUAGUUAUUUAUUAACAAUCAACCAUUACCUCUUACAGUUAAAGUUGUUUUACUUGGUUUUUUUCUUUGUUUUUUUCCAAAUCCAUUCUUUCUGUAAUUUAUAACUUUGGAAAGCAAAGCAUGUUUUGUUUAUUUUAUUAUCCGUUAUAAAAUAAAUGCUGCAUGAUAUUAAAAUGUUUACUCUGAU